AUGGCAUCGUCAUACCCACGGCCUGACUUCCAGCGCAAAGCCCUGAACUGGGCCACUCUCGACGGCACAUGGGACUUUAUCUUCGACGACGCCAACAUUGGCCUGUCCAACAAGUGGCAAAACAACGGCAUCCCGGAGCAAACAGACAGAAAUCAGCCUAAGCGCGAGAUAAAAGUACCCUACGCAUUCCAAACCCCAGCAUCGGGAAUCAAUCUUUUCGAGGCCCACGAGUUAAUGUGGUACGAGCGUCGUAUCGACGAUAUCCGCACCGAUGCAGAAAAAGCUCAAGGAAACAGACUCCUCUUCCGCUUUGGCGCAGUAGACUAUGAGUGUUCCGUCUGGGUGAAUGGACAAUUUGUCGGUGGUCAUCGCGGCGGCCAUGUCCCCUUCGACCUGGAUGUGACGGAUGCCUUCCCGUCGGAAACGAAAUCCGCCCGGUUAACGCUGCGAGUUAGAGACUCGCCGUAUGAUCUUGCGCAGCCGCGUGGGAAACAGUACUGGAAGCCUGUGUCGGAGAGUAUUUUUUACACGCCGACGGGUGGGAUUUGGUUGUCUGUUUGGAUGGAGAGUGUACCUGCUAUGCGGUUGUGUUGUGGCAGUGGCGGGACCGUUCUUCGGUCUGAUGAUAUCGAGCGCGGAGAGCUUCAUGCGCGGAUUGCUGUGUCCGGAAGGUCACCACAGGUUGCUUGCAAUGUUGAAAUUCAGGCUAGUCUCGAAGGUGUGCUUGUUGGUAAGAACAAGGUUGCGCUGCCAACGGAGAGGGAUUGGGCUGCUUUGGAUUUGAGCAUGAAAGUACCUCAUGCGAGUGAGUUGCGGAAGAAAGCUCCAUAUCAUAUUGAAGGGGCCUGGCACGAUUCUGUAGCUCUCUGGGCACCUGAACAUCCUAUUUUGUAUGAUUUGGUUCUCCGUCUGUACGAUGCCUCUGGCGAGGUUGUCGAUGAAAUCGAGACCACCACUGGCAUGCGCAGUCUAUCCUGGCAGACCGGUGACGGUACCUUCCGAUUGAACGGCAAGCCGCUAUUCCAAAUGUUAUUCCUAGAUCAAGGCUACUGGCCCGAGACAGGAAUGACACCUCCUUCCUCCGAGGCAUUGAAAGCCGACAUCAUCAUGGCGAAGGACAUGGGCUUCAACGGAUGCCGGAAGCACCAGAAAGUGGAAGACCCUCGUUUCCACUAUUGGGCUGAUCGGCUAGGAUAUCUCGUCUGGGGCGAGAUGGCUAAUGCCUACGAGUUUGGAAGCGAUUACAUCGAGCGGAUGAAUGCUGAGUGGGCCGAGGCUGUGAAAAGGGAUAUCAAUCAUCCGUGUAUUAUUACAUGGACGCCAAAUAACGAGAGUUGGGCCUACACCUCGUUGAAGGACAAUAUCGACCAGCGGGAUCAUAUUCGCUCGCUGUACUAUCUGACCAAGACACUGGACCCCAGCCGACCCAUCAACGAUAACUGCGGCUGGGAACAUGUCCUCACAGAUCUAACCACAUACCACGACUACGCCGACUCCCACGAUUUAACAGAGACAUGCUCCAAAAUGGAAAACGGGAUCCUCGGCCAAAAGGCCGGCCGCGAGAUGUUCACAAAGCCCAUCUACUCCGGUUUCUCGGGGCACACACUCGUCGACUCCGGCGCUCAGCAUAAAGCUGGGGCACCCGUGAUCUGCACCGAAUUCGGCGGCGUGAAUAUCGCACCGCCGAAGGAUACUCAGGCCGGAGAGCGUGAUUGGGGGUAUACCACCGCGACAGACGUUGAUGAUUUCUUGAAGAGAUUCGAGAAGCUGGUCAUGGCUAUUGUCAAGGGCGGUCAUACGUGUGGACUGGUCUACACACAGCUAUGUGAUAUUGAACAGGAGGUUAAUGGGCUGUACACGUAUGAUCGCAAGGCAAAGGUCCCCGUUGAGAAAGUUAAGGCUAUCAUGGAUGCUGCCGAGGAUUAUUAUUAUCAGCAUGUUCAGUCACAUGCCCCGAAGGGGUUCCGGAAAUUGUUGCAUUCUCUGCAUCGAUCGUGA